AUGCCUUUAUUUCUUACUCCGAUAUUUAGUCAUUUUUUUCCAUACAUGUCUGCUGCUUUUCCAUACAUGUCUUUAUUUAUUUAUUUAUUUAUUUACUUUUUAUUUACUUAUUUAUUUCCUUCCUUCUUUCUUUCUUGCUUUCCUUUCUUCCUUCUUUUUCCCUGUAAUUUAUUUAUUCUCUUUUUCUCAUUUCAGCUGCUUUCCUUUUUCUUUCUUUCUUUAUUUCUUUCUUUCUUUCUUUUCCUGUUAUUUAUUUAUUUCUCAUAUAUGCCUUUCUUUCUUACUCUGAUAUUUAUUCUUUUUUCAUGUAUGUCUGCUGCAUGCCUUUCUUUCUUUUUUCCCUCUUAUUUAUUUAUUCCCUUUUUCUCAUAUAUGUCAGAUGCAUGCUUUUCUUUCUUUCUUUCUUUCUUUCUUUCUUUCUUUCUUUCUUUCUUUCUUUCUCAUUUUUUCUUUCUUUCUUUCUUCCCAUGA